CACGGCCUUCGCGACCUAUUGAUCUGCGCUGUCCCGAUCCCUCGUCUUCCGCCAUGCUCGCCUCUGUCUUCUCGCUGGCCCUCGUUGCCGCUUCGGCCAUUUCCUCUGUCUCGGCCGAUCCCUUCGAUCCCUCCAAGUGGGUUCUCACAAGCAACAGCGUCAUCGGCCAGGCCGCCGCCGCUCCCAACCCGCCUUCGACCUCGGGCAACUGCGUCGUCACCGAGGACUUUACCAAGGAAUCGUCUCUCGUCAACUUCUCCGUUGACUACUGCCCGCAGAACUUCAAGCUCACUAGCGACGGCGCUGUCUUGACCAUGACCUCGACCUGUGGCACUCGCAUCUCGUCCAAGCUUGCUUUCACUUCGGGACAGUUCAGUGCCGUCAUCAAGUCGGCCUCCACCUCCUCGGGCGUCGUUACUUCCUUCAUCACCCGCUCCCAGCCCGAGAACGUGGGCGACGAGAUCGACUACGAGUUUGUCGGCAUCAGCCCCAACAGUGUCUGGUCCAACGUCUUCCAGAACGCCGACUUUGACACCCGCCAGCCUCUUGAGAUCAAGAACAGCUUCGAUACCUCUGCCGACUUCCACAAGUACACCAUCGACUGGAACGCCGACCGUAUCAUUUGGCUCGUCGACGAUCAGCCCGUGCGCACCUACAACAACCCCCACAGCGCAUCCCUGCCCUUCCCCGUCAAGCCCUCGUACGUCCAGCUCGGCAUCUGGGACGGCACCAACACUGGUGGCUGGGCCGGCACUGUCGAUUUUACAAAGUCGUUCACCGCCGUCUUCAAGAGCGUCACCCUGAGCUACCCCGGCCCCUGCCAGGCCAACCCUCCCCCCUCCUCCAACACCACUGUCAGCGGCUCGGCCCCCGUUGUUGCUCCGUCUGCCUCCGGCAAUAUCGCCCCCUCGGCCUCUGGCAACACCGCUCCUUCUGCUCCCGCUGUCUCGGGAACCGCCGCCCCUUCUGCUCCCGUUGUCUCGGGAACCGCCGCUGCUUCUGCUGCCGCGUCGCAGUCCGGCUCUGCCCCUUCGCCCAGCGCCUCCGCUCCCGCCCGGGCUGAAGCCAUCGCCCAGUCCUCGGGCAACUCGCUGCACCUUGGUGUCUCGAGCCUGCUCGGUGCCAUCGGCGCCGCCGUGGCCCUGAUGAUCUAAGUCUCGGUUUCUGGCUUUCGGCCAAUUUUCUUUUGCCUGCUUUUGCGGACAGAUAUCUCCGCAUUUGAAUUGCUUCGAUUGCCCCCCUGUACUUUUCUCUUUUUGGAUUGGCAUCACAUCACAUCACAUCACUCCCUCGCAUCGACCGACCCAACAUUGCUUGUCAGCAGCAUGUGUCGGGUUCCCUAUCGUCCCCUGUUCAUCCGUAAACCCCUUCGCCCAUCCUUGCUUGCCUUUCAAUCUCCACGACGGCUGUGCCGUGCAGUAAUUGGCACCCCCCCCUCUCAAUCUUGCCAGUUCAUAAUGUACACACCAGAACACAACAGAGAUGUCGUUUCUCCCGGAUAGGCUGACUGGCGUCAUCCGUUGAUUGAUCACCAUUCGCUUUAGUGGCAAUCCAAUAAAAAACGGGACACCCGGGUUUUUGACCAUUCAUCGAA